UGGCUUUUUUGCUGCUUUCAAAGGCCUUAACAUCUCAUUCAAUGAAAAGGAGUGAUAACCUACUUGAGAAAACAUUAGUACUAUCCAGUACAGCAUGUCUUACAGUCUUUUGACUUUAAGAUUGAGCACUUUUUCUGGAAUGCAUUUAGAAUCCACUUGUUCCCAAUGUACAUGGGAGCUACAGGAUAAGAAGCAUUUUUGAAAAGCUGGUCAAUUCAUUUAGGACCCUAAGAGCCUGAACCAAUGUCCAUUGAAUCAAUGGAAAGACUGCUGUACUAUAAACAGAAGAGAAACAAUUCAUGUUGGCAUAUAGACCCUCAUCAAUCUCUCUGCCAAGAUGGAAAACUUGUCAAAUUCCAUAUUCCUGAAAACUCAGGUGAUCAUUCUGGCUUCAUGGACAUAUGUUAUACAAACAAACAAUCUCAAAGGUAACAUUACUGAUAAAUAUUCAACUAAUAAUACAACUCAUAGCUUGUUAGAUUCCACUUGUCCAGUCAAACAUGAUAAUUUCUCAUACCAGUAGUCUCCAUUAUUAAUAUUUUCAACUAAAGUUAACCAUGAGCAUGUGUCUAUCUUCAGAGUCAUAGAAGCAUGUGUAACCAUGUUUCCUGGUGGAAUACCUGACAAAAAACACCAACAAAAAUCUGUAUUUCUUUUUCCUAAAUGGAAAACCAUCUUCAUCAAUGCAUUUAGUAUGCGCCGAAAUACUAAAUGGCUUAAUAAGUAUUUUCACUUGUGUCCUCUUAAUCUACAUGUAAAGAUUCUAGCAAACAACAGCCUGCAGUAGAACCACCCCGUAAGCACUCCAGAUCACAGAUGUAGCCCAUGAUUUGUUUGUCUCUGCAACGGGGUGUAUUCAACCUUUGCAGUGCCGUUCUGAUGGCCCUGCAGUCCUACUGCACCCCACUCCAAGAAGGGGCAAGCUGGAAGGACAAGAGCAGUGGAGUUGGAUGCUCCAAGCUUGCCUAGAGAUAUAUGUCCAGGGUGGUCAUUUUGGAAGCCAUAGAGUCCUAGUCCUCCAUGGGUUAGAAGGGCUAGCAACAGCCAAUGCGGGCCCUGCUGGCCCAGAUAAAAGUAGCUGCCUGGCCUUAGCAGUUCAGUGCCUGACUGGGACCAGAGGGGCAAGAAAGGAUGCUCCUCUCUGGCCAAAGGAACUGGAGGGAUAGACAGAAGGGGCCCAGUUGGACUUUGUGACUUGACUGGAGGGCCAGAGAGCCAGCAAAGACCCUGCUGGGGUCAGCCAGACUUGGAUUCAUUUUCCAACUCUCUUGGGUGCUUGAGAAGAACCCUCCCCAUGCUACUAACACUGAUGAUUCUGGGCCUUGCUGCCCUUUUUGGUACUUCUGAGAGUCAGACUGGAUGCUAUGGUAACAUAAACAACAUUGAUACCACUGGGGCUUCCUGUGCAACUGCAUCACCAGAAGGCUUAAGCUACUGUGGGGUUGCUGCAUCAGAGAAGAUUGCUGAGAGGGACUUAUAUAAUAUGAACAAAUAUAAAACCAUCAUUAAGAGUGCUGGUGCCAAAAAAUGUGUGGAUCCAGCUGUGAUCGCAGCUAUCAUCUCUCGAGAGUCACAUGCUGGAACUAUCUUAUUGAAUGGCUGGGGUGAUUAUGGAUAUGGAUUUGGUUUGAUGCAGGUUGAUAGACGCUACCAUACAGUGGUUGGAGCAUGGAAUAGCGAGGAACAUGUUCUUCAGGGGACCGGCAUCCUUGUUAGUAUGAUUCAAGGAGUCCAGAAAAAGUUCCCCGGUUGGACAAAGGACCAACAGCUGAAAGGUGGGAUUUCUGCCUAUAAUGCAGGACUAGGAAAUGUCCAGACCUAUCCAAACAUGGAUAUUGGCACAACCCACAACGACUAUGCCAAUGAUGUUGUUGCACGAGCCAAGUAUUAUAAGAGAAACGGAUACUGAAUCUGGGAAUUCUCUGCUUUUCAGAUACAUUGUGGCUCUUAUAAUAAUAAUUCAGGUGUUCAGGAGAGAUACUAUAUAUUUGGGGGAGAUUAGAAGCUGAAACCUGCAAAACCUUAAUGAUGCAAAUAGGCCCAUUGUCAGCAGUGGGAAGACUUGCUUAAAUAAGGCUUUGCAGGCUCAGGC